AUGUCGCGAAUAGCGCCUGCGCUAGUGCCGGUGACGCUGCUGCUAUGGCUGUCGCUCUCCGCGUCGCACUGGCGAGGGUCGUUCGGGCAGCUGCUUGAGGAGCAUCCGGGGCAGCAGCUCGGCGAGCUUUACCGCUUCACAGACAUGCCUGACGACAAUCCUCGAAGGCGAUUAGAGCGCUUCAAUUCCGACGAGACCCCAAUCCUGCAGUCCCUUCCUACCGCCGCCGACCGCGCCGUGAAAAGCGCCGACAGCAGCGCCGACCGCAGCCGCGGAGACUCCACCAGGGAGAACGGUGCUUCCGCCGCCGCUGCUGGCUUCCCCUCCUCCGCCUUCCCCCGCGUGUUCGAGUCUGGGCAGGGCUCGUGCGGCUUCCCCGACACGCGCGCAGACGCGGACGAGUGCGUGGCGGACCUGGCGGAGUUUCCCGCCCUGAGCGCGCGCAACGGUUCCGCGACCGUGCGGAAGCUCGCGUGCCUGGCGCACAACUACCUGCGCCCGUGGAUGGGCAUUCCGGGGGUCACAGCGGGAAUGGGCACGCGGGGAAUGAUAUCCGCGGAGAUUCUGCACCAAAUGGGGACCAUGGCCAAUAUCCUAUCGUGCUCUGGUCACAUCCGCAUCGUGCGCGGAAAGGUUUUCUUCCGCCUAGGCGCCUUCCAGUUCGACUGGUACCGCAUGCGCCGAUUCGUCUUCACCGUCAAAAUGAUCCAGGACGCUAUUAGCGCGUACGAACUGUACAACCUGAACGCGGAGCUGUUCAUAAACACGUGCGAUCUGCCAACCAGCAAGGCGGACUCGGUCGCGCGGGCGGACCGCGCGGGAAUGCCGCUGUUCAGCCCGCACGUCGUCCCGGGCUCCCUCGAUAUUCCCUACCCCGACCCCGUCGAUCUGUCCAAGAGCUACUUUCGAGACGUUGAGGAUAAGGUCCCUUGGGAGGAAAAGCAGGGCCGGGCGGUGUUCCGGGGCGGCAUGACCAACUACCACAUCGCCAUGCCCAUGCACUGGCGCGCCAGCCCUCGCUUCCGCGUGCACCGCAUGGCAGACGCCCGCCCGGACCUACUAGACGCGCGUGUCAUGAGCGGCGUGGAUGUGCGGUGGCGGGAGAGCAUGGAGGCGGAUGGGGUGCGGUUGGGUGGGAGGUUAAACCCUGAGGAAUUGCAGGGGUUUAAGUAUGAGCUGGAUGUGGACGGCGGGACGGGGAGCGGCCGGACAUGUGGGAUUUUGGCGAGCAAUCAGGUGUUGAUUCGCCAAGCCAGCGAGUACUAUCAGUUCUUCGACCCGCUGAUGUGCCCCAUGAAGCACUUCAUUCCCACCCACCGCUACUUCAGCAACCUCUACUCGCAAAUCCAAUGGGCCCGCGACCAUGACCAACGGGCGCGCGAGAUUGUUGCUGCCGCCAACGACUUUGCCAGCACCCUGUGCACGUGGGAGGGACGGCGAUUAUUCUGGGCCAUUCUUCUUGCCAAGUAUUCAACCAGUGCCAUAGAAGACAGCGCCAGCAUCACAGCUCCGCCUCUCCACUCCUGCUCCUCCCCUCCUACUCAAGCCGACGUAGAGAAGCCCAGCAAGGCCACGCGGCACUUGAGACAAAAGAUGCCGGCCGUGUGGCCGCCCUGGUGCGGCACAAAAGACGAGGUGCCCAACCAGCCGGAGUGUACUUAUUACUGUAUUGGGUACUUGGAUGACGAGAGCAAGUGGAAGUGGUUAUCGGGGGAGCUCUUAGAGGGGAUAAAGGUGUUCAAACCGCGCAACGAGAGGGUGCGAUUUUGA